GUUGCUGGUAAGCGGCAAGAAAAGUACGACCAUGUCUUCUGCAUCUGCACGAGCACAGGCUCGUCGACAAGCCAUCCUCAGUCGUGGCAGUGACCGGCUCGCGAAACUCACCACGUCUGGUCGAGGCGAAGAUGCGCCUGCGUACGUACAUGACGACCCCCCUGUUCCAAAACUUUCUAGUCUUCCAAACUUUGUAGGAGAAGAGACGUCCAUGCCGACGCCUCCUUCUCUGGCAGAACCAGUUCCCAAUUCUACGCCGGAUCCAUCAGUAUGGUCCGAACAACAGCAGCAGCAGCUCAUGCAGGCGCUCAUGGGGCGGAUGCCUGCAGGAGCGGAGCCUCCCAUACCUAAUCUCGCAGACAAUCCUCUUUUCUCACAUCUUCUUGCGGCAUCUGGAGGGGGAAAUGGAAAAGGUGGUUUACCAGGUGGUAUGCCAGCCAUAGGCAAGGUUCCAGAGCCAGUCGUACAGCCGAAGUCCCUUUUGCAGAAAUUGCUGCCACUGCUCCAUCUCAUAGUCAUGUGGAGUUUCCUCGCAUUCUUUGUGUUAUACAAAGAGCCCAAAGCUCAAGAGUCGUUAGGAGGAUUGAUGAACGAGCGAAAGAAUGUGCUGUGGCAGAGGUGGGCUGAACUGGGGAAGGAGAUGGGUCGUAUUCAGCUAGUGCCAUUUUUCUGGGCGUUGAUGACAAUACAAAUUGUUCUGCACUCCACCCGCAUAUUCGUUGGCACAGAUGCGGCACCUCUGCCUUUCUUGCUGAAUAUGGCUGUUCCUUUUUUACCACCACAACUUUCAUCUACCAUUGUCUACGGGUGGAAAUACAUUUCGCUGUUCUCAAUGCUGCUUGAUGACCUUGCAGGACUGAUCGUCGGAUUGGGGUUCAUAGUAUGGUUGGCA